CGAGCCCUAACCGGAAUGGCCCACUCUACUCGAUUCGGGUUCCAAGUUUCAACCCGACUGACCGUCACGGUUGAGUCGGGUCGUCUAAAAUUACCUGUCACUUUCCCAGGGAGAGAAGAAAACAGAAAUUUUCCCUUCGCUUCUCCGUUUCAUUGGAACAGAUCGCGCGAGAGAUCGAGAGAUAGCCUCGAGAAGUUCCAGUCGUCGGAAUCUUGCCCGAAUUCUACACCGCUCUCGCAAUCUCCGCCGGAGUCAUCGUCCAGCGAGCCCAAUUCCAAUCGUUCGAGCAGAGGUGACGGCCCCGUGAGGAUGAGCUCUUCUGGCGGUGGAUACGCUGUUGAAGUCACAAGUCUGUCUCCAAAGGCUACGGAGAGUGAUCUGUACGAUUUCUUUGCUUUUUCUGGUGCUAUCGAGCAUCUGGAGAUUGUAAGAUCUGGUGACUACGGCUCUACUGCCUAUGUGACUUUCAAAGACGCAUACUCUCAGGAGACGGCCGUCUUGCUGAGUGGUGCCACUAUUGUUGAUCAGCAAGUCUGCAUUACUCGCUGGGGGCACUACGAUGAUGAACUCGACUUUUGGAAUAGGGCUUACUCCCUGAGGCAGGAAGAUGAUACUAGCUCAAGCACUCAAGGAGGUCAGUUUGUCUCGAAUCCUGGGGAAGCUGUGGCUGUGGCCCAAGAAGUCGUGAAGACCAUGCUUGCAAAGGGAUACACGCUGAGCAAAGAUGCACUGGCCAAGGCCAAAGACUUUGAUGAGUCCCAUCAAGUUUCGGCCACUGCCUUAAAUAAGGUAUCUGACUUCGCUGAGAGAACUGGCCUUGCCGAUAAGCUUUUUGCAGGUGUUGAAGCGGUCAAGUCUGUUGAUGAGAAAUACCAUGUGACGGAGCUCACGAGAUCAGCUGUAUCAGCAACGGGGAGAUCAGCUGCAGCAGCCGCAAACUCAGUGAUGAACAGCAGCUACUUCUCAAAGGGAGCUCUUUGGUUCUCUGGUGCUCUCAAUCGUGCAGCACAGGUCGCCGCUGAUUUGGGCAGUCAGGGCGCUCAACAACGAGGUUGACAUUAGAAUACAAAAGACUCUUUGGGCUAUCUAGGUAGCUUGGGGACGUUUCAGCAUGCUGCCGUUGGUAAUACUCGAGUUGCAUCCACUAUAACCGGAACGGUGAUAGAUCUGUAUGCUCAAUAGUUUAGAUACGACAUAUUCUCUGUAUACCCACUCGUCGAAUGAUUCCAUCAUUCGAAUACGCUUUUCUGCUCAUUGAGUAUGUUCCUUCUAAUCGAUAGACACUCGGAAAUCAUAAACUCGACUUCAGUGAUCACUUGUAGCGCGGGUGGGAACUUCCGGAAGAUGGAGAUAAUUAGAUCCAUGUCAACCGGGACGAAUGUAAUUGAAAACUCAGCUGAAGUUUACUCCC